CGCCCCGCGAGGCCAGUCGUCCGCUGGAGGGCCGCCCCCGCACGGGGCCGCUGGGGUCGGGGCGUCCCGGGGACCGCGGGGGGCAGGGCUGGCGGCCCGCACGCCCCCGCCCCUCACACCCGCGCCGGCGCCCAUGGCUGCGCGCGGGGACCCGCGGCGGCUGCACCGGCUGGUGCAGGAAGGCCGGCUGUGCGCCCUGCGGGAGGAGCUGCGGGGAGCCGGGCGCGCGGGCUGCGCGGGGCCCGCCGGGGACACCCUCCUGCACUGCGCCGCCCGCCACGGGCACCGGGACGUGCUGGCCUAUCUGGUGGAGACCUGGGACAUGGACAUCGAGGCCGCCAACCGAGACUACAAGCGGCCGCUGCACGAGGCCGCCUCGCAGGGCCACCGGGACUGCGUGCUCUACCUGCUGGGCAGAGGAGCCGCGGUCGACUGCCUCAAGAAAGCCGACUGGACUCCUUUGAUGAUGGCCUGCACAAGGAAGAAUCUGGAGGUGAUCCAGGACCUCGUGGAACAUGGCGCCAACCCACUUCUGAAGAACAAAGAUGGCUGGAACAGUCUCCACAUUGCUAGCCGAGAAGGCGACCCUCUGAUCCUCCAGUACCUGCUCUCCGUGUGCCCCACCGCCUGGGAGACGGAGAGCAAAAUCGGGAGAACGCCACUGCACACGGCAGCGAUGCAUGGCUGUUUAGACGCGGUGAAGGUGCUUCUCCAGAGGGGCCUGUACGGAGCCGACCGUGCGGACAGGUGCGGCUGCACACCCUUCAUGGACGCAAUUCAGUGCGGCCACACGGCCGUGGCCAGGCUGCUGCUCGAACAGCACAAGGCUUGCUGGGCCAUGCGGGAUGCCCUGGGGAUGCAGGCCAUCCACAGGGCAGCCGUCACCGGGCAGAACGAGGCCCUCCGCUUCCUGGUGUCCGAGCUGGGCGCCGAUGUGGACACCAGGGCCAUACCCAGCCUCCUGACGCCGCUGCAUUUCGCCGCUAAGGAAGGACACGUGAGCACAGUCCAGGAGCUCCUGUCCUUGGGUGCCGACAUCAACUCCAGAGAUGAAAGGAAGCGAUCAGCCCUGCACCUGGCCUGCGCUGGCCAGCACGCGGCCUGUGUCAGGCUCCUGCUGCAGUCUGGGCUGAGCGACUCUCCGGAUGCCUCAGGUGCCCUGGCUGGGCAGCUGGCUCACCGCGCGGACGUCCUCCAGUGCUUCGGCCACUGCCCCGCAUCCUGAGGGUGCUUCUGAGCGAGGACGACAGGCAUGGUGACCGCGUCCUGCUGCUACUGUCGUCAGGAUCCCCAGCCAGUGGGCCGUGAGGACGCCGACUCCCAAGCCCGGUGACCCGCACGCGGAGACUUUUCGUGAUCCCGAUUUGGCUUUUUCUGCCCUUUGAGGGGAGUUAGGGGAUGUUCUUGGAGUCGGUGUCUGGAGCCCUCUGGGAAGCAGGUGGCCCAUGUGACUGUAACAGAGUAUGAAUUCACGUAAAUAUGUCACGUGUUUUGUGAGUAAUGUCGUGGGGGGAGGCAAGGGCGAGGAUGGUAAUGGUACAAGGGCCGGAAACAUAGCUGGCCUGCUGCUUCCUUCCUUCCUUCCUUCCUCGCCUCUUGGUUCAUUACAGUGGUUUCGCUUUGGUUUUGUAGCCUGAAAGGGACGCCUGCCCAGACAUACACAAGGAAAUAAUGGAAAUAUUUGUACAUUCUAAGCGCUGCUGGUUAAGCUAUGUUUAUUGUUUUGUGUUUUUAAAGAUUUUAUUUAUUUGACAGAGAUCACAAGGAGGCAGAGGCAGACAGAGAGAAAGGGGGAAAGCAGGCUUCCUGCUGAGCAGAGACCCCAAUAUGGGGCUUGAUCCCAGGACCCUGAGAUCAUGACCUGAGCUGAAGGCAGAGGCUUUAGCCCACGGAGCCACCCAGGCGCCCCUGAGCUAUGUUUUAAUCUCGAGGUUACUUUCACUUAGUGGUUCUGCAUGGGCUGUCUUCAGAUAAUGAACACACCUAAGAGACGCAGCUUCGAGAGUCCCAGUGGAAGAAUGGCGUUUGUUCUGCAAGCCCCAGAUGCACUUCCCAUCCGGAGCCCCUGCCCACUGCAGCCUGGGCGUGUUGAGGACACUUAACUUUGUAACCAAAAGUUCUGGAGCAGUUUAAACAGAUCGAAGGGAGGCUGCAUGCUCAGACCUUCGGAUUCUUUUCCUUUUUCCUUUUAGGGGAAAGUGAUAAAAACCAUUUUCUCUGGGUCACAAAGAAUAGUUAAUCCAGGUGGUCUUUGGAAAUGACACGCAUCGGGCACAGGCCAGACUCGAACUAAUGUUGGUCGUGAGCUGGUCAGGACUGACUGCACGCUGGCGCAGCCUGAUCAUCCUGCUGGUCAGGGGAAGGAGCGAGACUUUCCAGUUCUCCAUCAUCGCGGACAGCACGGGUUGGUUCCCAGUGCGACAGCCAGCGCUUGCUGGCGUCCUCUGUCUCGUGACCUCUGGGUGGCGUCCAGUGCAACCCACGCCAGUCCGAGCUUCGGUUCCUGCUGCUUUGGAGAUACCCCGUGUCGCUGCCCUUUGGGUCUGAAGAUGGUCCUGCUACCCGCAGGGGGAACAGAGGGGCAGUGGGGGCGCCGGCCACCCUCCCCGCUCACACACGCACGCAGCUUCCCAUUGCGGCGUCUCGAGCGGGGUCCCCGCACGCCUGCAGCUGCGUGUCUGCCCCAUGAACCAGCAUGAGGCUGCGUUUUCGCUCCCCACACGUUCCCGACUCCGUUCUGUGGUGUAGACCGUGGCUGCUGAAGCUUCUGGAGGACCAGGGACCACAGUGUUGACGCCAGUGGUGUUGAUUGUGGCGAAGGGGGCAGGGACAGUCCAGGAACAGCCUGGCCCUGGGGUCACCACGCUAGGAGCAAGUUGCACCAUCACUUCCGAAUCGUGGGAGCUUGAGUGCGCUUCCGGGGAGGCCCCGCCAGGCCACCCGAUCUGAAACCCUGAUACCCCCCCCCAUCCCUGCCUGUUUUCUCCUUGUUAGCACUGACCAGCCACACAUUUGGGUCCUGCUCUUCAUUUCCUCUGUCUCCGAGACAGGAGCGUGAGCUCCGGGGCGGGACUCUGUCUCCCUCGUUCACUCGCUGUCUACACGGCCCAGACGGUGCCGGACACGGAACAGGGUUUAAGUUAUUAUGUGGUCGAUGUGUGAGUGGGGGUUCGUAUUUCUGGAACAUGUGCUGUGUCCUGGACACGGUGCUGAGUGCUGGACCCACAUGCUCUCUCUGUGCCCCCCACCCCCCCGUUUCGACUCCACUUCGGGCACCCUUUCUCCGACAGACUUGUGCACCAGCCCCCAACUCACACACACUGCCCCUCUGCGGGGUGACCGGGCCUCGCUACCCGACAGGUGGAUCAGUAGCCCUCGGUUACAGUCCCUCACUUCAGUGGUCUGAAUCCCUCCUGCCCUCUAGAAGCCCCGCCCCCGCCACGGCUGAUAACACACGCCUGGGUUUUCCUGGCUUUUCCUGUAAGCUGGGGUGCCCCUGCUUGUGUGGUCCCUGGCCGUCUGGUCUGUUCUGGGGCCCACCUCUGUGGGGACACUCCACCCCUGUGACCCUGGCCCGUUCUAGGCCUCCCACACCCAGUUUAUCCCAAACCGACUUUCUCCGCAGGCUGCUUGCACAUGAACCCGACUGGCCACCACAUCGACGUCCCUGAAGUUCACCGUCUCUCUGUGACUCCCGGGUUCAAGCCCUCCGGCCAUCAUCCAGACCAUGGUGGUGUCGGCCUGCUGACGGUGCCCCCACCCCCUGGGCCCGCCCUCCUCGACCCCAUCCCCCACACGACUGUCCCAGAGCUCUCACCAAGGUGAUCGGGGCACUGACCACUGACGUGUUUUCCCACCCAUCUCCUCAAGGGCUGUUGACUGGUCCUGCACGCCCCCCUGACCCAGCGUGAGGGUUUGUUCCUAAGACCGAUCGGGGCAGAAGCCUCUGGAAGGAGAUAGAAAUAAGUAAAAAUUGUAAUCACUUGAAAAUA